UCCUGGUAUAUCUCCUGCCAAUGCUUGCUUUUUUGUCCUCCAUGCGUUCGCGUUAAAUAUUCCAUAUGUCUUGAUAUUAAGAGAAUGGCAAACAUACUCCAUCGCUCCUCCUGCUCUUAAUACAUCCCGAUAA